CCCCUCCUCCCAUUUCUCACUCGUUUCCUGGCAAAAAAACGCAACCCCUCCCCUGCUCCGCCCCUUCGCCUCCCUGUCGGAAUCAUCUCCCAUGGCGCAAGGCACGGCGCCCUCCGCCGCCGCGGCUGCCGGCGGCGGCUGCCCCUCCGCGGUGGCCACAACGACUCCCCCGGGCACGCCCCGCGCGCUGGCGCCGACGGCCGCGCCGCCGCCUCCCUCCUCCGGGUACUACGCGGUAGAGCUCUACUUUGACCCGGCGCUGGAGAACCAGGUGCUCAAGGCGUGGAACGCGCUGGCACGGAGGCAGCUCAGCAGCCGUCUCAUCGACAUCGCCUCCCGCCCGCACCUCCCGCUGCUCCACCUCCCCGCCGCCGCGCUUCCCCCCGGGCACGGGGACCCGCUCCUCCGCCUCGCGCCCUCGCUCCGCGCGCUCGCCUCACGCCUCGACCCGCUCCCGCUCGCGCUCUCCUCGCUCGCCGCCCUCCCUUCGUCGUCCUCCUCCUCGGCCGCCCCACACGACCCCGGCGUGCUCUUCCUCGCGCCCACGCCGUCCGCCGCGCUGCUGGGCCUCCACGCGCAGCUCUGCGAGCUGCUGCGGAAGGACGCGGGCGUCGAGGUCCCCGACGCGUUCAGACCCGACCACUGGGUCCCGCGAUGCGCUGUCGCAGUCGAUGUGCCCCGCGGGCGCAUGGCAGAGGCCUUCUGCGUGCUCCGAGAGCUCAAGCUGCUGCCCGUCUCCGGGUACGGGAUGGACAUCGCGCUGGUCGAGGUCGUGGCCGCGGUCAGGGAGCUCGUGUCCUACCCGCUCGGCGGCAGCGGCAGCGCUGGAGCCGACUGAGAGAGAGGUGUUGUAGUAUUUUGUACAAUGUCUAGAACAUCCUGGAUGGAGAAUCAAAUUUAACAAGGACAAGACAUCAUAGUGAUAACAUGGUAUCACCUUGUCCAUUUUGCCUUAUUUGGGGAAUGACAUUGGGAAGAAGGCUGGAACAUACUGUAUCCUAACACAGACAGUAUUUUCUUUAAUCAUUUCUUUAGUCUUUUGGUUGAUAAUUUGUUCAAUGUUUCCCCCUCCAUGGUAGAGACUUCACAAAGUAUCACCUCUUCAGGUUUACUGUAAUGAAUUAUCAAUUAUCGUGCGUGUGCCUCGAAACCACUUGUGCUCUCUUUCAUUCUUUCACUCCCCAGAUUUGUUUACAUGACUCAGUUGAGCAAGCAUGUUCUGUGCUUGAUGCCUUGAUUUGUGUAACAUUUUUAGAAGUAGACAGCAAUGCAUAGUUGGCUCAUCCUUGGUAUAGCCGUACAGGAGACCCUAUUCUGUGCACAAUUCUUGAUAUGUUGUACCAAACAAUGGUAAUUCGAUGA